AGCAGAGCAUAAGUGAUUUCGCAGGUGGACAUUCCCUUUGAAGAUGGUCGCGAGCUGGCCAGACAAAUCCGUCGAGACUCUGAAACGACAAGCAAUACCGUUAUAACGGAAUCCAUUCCCCGAGAGGACACGUGCCCGCGCAUCAGCCUCCUUGGACGAUCUUCGGAACCUGAAAUUCCGACCGCAACAGUUCGCCUCGGGCCCUUGGAAAUACCACUCUUGGAGGUGGAAAGGAGGAUCGGAAGAGAGGGGCAGGAGACUCCAAGCCAUCACAAACCAUGCCGACCAUCUCAAUUCCCUCGCAGUUCAGCGCCGUGCGCGCACGGUCUUAUGUAUACAGGCUCCCGCUGCUGACAAGGCUGUUCAUCUUGGCGAUAAUCGCCACAUGGUUCGUGGGGUUCGUGGCGGGUGCCAGGUGGGACGUGAAGGCCUGGGGUGCGCUUGUGCCGGAGGAGGUCGGAAUCACCAGCUUAUAUCGAACGAACACCUACCCAUUCAUACACCUGGGCUUUAUACACAUGGCCACGAACGUCCUGGCCCUGACACCACUUCUGGAACGCUUUGAGAGCGAAUAUGGGACGCUUACGGCGCUUGCGUUGUUCUUAGGCCCUUUCUCGACCUUCCCGGCCGCACUGUACAUACUCGUUGAAAACUAUAUUCUCCAUUCCAACACCGCCGUUAUGGGCGCCAGCGUCUGGUUCUUUCUGCUGAUCGGCAUGGAGGCGAUCCGCACAUAUAAGACGAACCCACAUUUUGUGAUCGCGACAUAUCAUAUUCCGACGUGGACCACUCCCCUUUUGUUGGCUGUGGUAUUAUCGGCCCUGGUGCCGAGUACGAGUCUGUUGGGCCAUAUAUGCGGGCUGUGUAUUGGAUAUAUAUGUGGCCUCGGCUACAUGAAGUUCCUCGCUCCGCCGGAGAAGGCCCUUCGCUUCAUCGAAGCCAAGUUGAAACUGCUGCAGAGGCUGCCGCGGUACGUGAGUGUGGAUCAAAAGACGUACGGCCGGUUUGGGGUUCUGCCCAGCACGAAUUCUCCUGGGGUACCAGGUGUGGCUUUGGGGGUUGGGACCGGGGCCCUGCGCCUCCGCGGCGAUCCACGCCUCCUCAAACUCCCCCCUUACGUCUCCCUGCUCUGCAUCGUCGUCGGUGUCGCCUGGCUCCUUAUGCUGCCACAGAAUGACUACAGUCGAAGGACAUAUAUCUCGGAAAACGCUCUACUGCCGGGCCAGGUACAUACAUACUUUGGGGGAAGCGACCAGAACGUAUUCCGGGCCUACAAACACGAGGUAGACGCCCUCGCCUCACCAAUACACGAUGGGCCAGACGGUCAGGAGGAGGGCGUGCCAGGGAAGAAGAAUAAUUAUGAGAUAAACGACGGCCUGGAAGAGAUGUUCAAGGGCAAUGGCUUGAAGGUCGGGCGACAGAAUUUCACGUACUCGGUGUCCGGAGAAAAGUACGCGGGCGAGAAUGUCUAUGCCAUCCUGCAUGCCCCUAGGGGAGAUGCGACCGAGGCCAUCGUUCUCGUCGCAGCGUGGCAGAACGUCAGGGGCGAGCUCAACAAGCACGGCGUGGCGCUGCUGCUGACGCUGGCGCGGUACUUUCGGAGGUGGUCGCUCUGGUCCAAGGACAUCAUACUGCUGGUCACGCCCGACAGCCUCGCGGGCCCGCAGGCGUGGGUGGAUGCGUACCACGACGCACACGACACGCGCCACAUCGACUCGCUGCCCGUCAAGUCCGGCGCGCUGCAGGGGGCCAUUGCGCUGGAUUACGCGCAGGAGACUCGCUUCUCGUCCGUGCACAUUGUCUACGACGGCAUCAACGGCCAGCUGCCCAACCUCGACCUCAUCAACAGCGUCGUCUCCAUCGCCGCCGGUCAGAUGGGCAUCGGCGUCAGCAUCCAGGAGAUGUGGGGCCACAGCGACAGCUACGAGGACAGGCUCCGCACCAUGCUGCGCGGGAUGAUGAAGCAGGGGCUGGGCGUGGCCAGCGGCCCACACAGCUGCUUUAUUCCUUACCACGUCGAUGCCGUCACCCUUCGGCCUUAUGGCGACGGGUGGCAGGACGAGAUGGCCAUGGGCAGGGUGGUCGAGGGGACGUUCCGCAGCCUGAACAACCUGCUGGAGCACCUGCACCAGAGCUUCUUCUUCUACCUGUUGAUGCACCGGGACCGGUUCGUCAGCAUUGGCACAUACCUGCCGAGCGCGAUGCUGAUUGCGGCCAAUUUCACGAUUAUCUCCAUCUCGCUCUGGGUAAAGAGCGGACAGCAGGACGACCAGGCUGUCGGGAAGAAGGGUGAGAAGCAGGAGAGCAAGAGCGAGGUCAAGGCAGCAGUGGAGAAGGGCCCUGCCGACGCGCGCAUGACGCCCGCUACGGAGAGGAACGUGUCCUUGCCGCUGGCCCUGGUGGCAGGAUGUCAGUUCCUCGGCGUGGUGCCAUUCUAUGUUUUCAACCAUGUGCCUGCAGGGAUGCACACCCCGCUCUUCGCAGUUUUCACCGUGUUGAACGUCUUCCUCCCACACAUCAUCAGCCAUCUCCUCACCACCAACUUCCACCCUACGCUUCAGCAAUACUCGCUCAUGCAGUGCUUCUCCCUCCUCCUCCUCGGCAUGUUCCUCUCCUCCCUGGCCACCCUCAACUUCUCCCUCUCCCUCAUGGUCGGACUGCUGUCCUCCCCACUGUCCUUCAUGCGGCCGUGGCCCAAGCUGCCGGCCCUACGCUGGCUAUGCACCGUGCUGCUGAAUCUCGUCGCGCCGACGGCCGUCUUUGCGGGUUGGUCGAUAUACUGGCACGGCGGGCUGGCGAGUAGUAGCGUCGGCGAGCUGCUUCAGGAGGCGGCGUUCGGGUGGAGGGUCUGGGGCAUGUAUACCAGCGUGGUUGUCUGGGGCGUGUGGUGGCCAGCCUGGUUGGUCGGUGCAGUUGUUGUGCUGGGGAGACCGGGAGCCAAAGGCGUGGGAACGCGAUAGAUAGUAUGACUGGAUCUCGGUGAAGUAGCAUUUGACUACAACAAGGUGCCUUUUUUAGUUUUGGGGGCCCCAAUUUCGAAUACAAUUUCUCAACAAGAAUAUUCUAC